AUGUUGGAGAGAGGACGUGCUUCCGGGUGAGGCACACAGAUCACCGCGUGGAACACUUCUCUAUUGGAACUGCGACUAGCGAAGGAUCACUAGGAGAGAGUUUUGUUUCGGGUUUAAACGGUGAAAAAGCGUCAGAGAUGCUUGUUUUAUUUGAAACCGCUGCUGGUUAUGCAAUAUUUAAAGUCCUAGAUGAGUCAAAACUCCAAGAGGUGGACAGUUUAUGGAAGGAGUUCGAGACGCCGGAGAAGGCCAACAAAGUAGUGAAGUUGAAGCAUUUUGAGAAGUUCCAGGACACAACAGAGGCUUUGGCAGCGGCCACUGCCAUGACGGAAGGGAAGAUGGGGAAGAGUCUGAAGAAGAUCCUGAAGAAAGUGGUGGCUAAAGAAGCUCAUGAACAGCUGGCCAUCAGCGACGCUAAGCUGGGGGGCGUCAUCAAGGAGAAGUUGAACCUGAGCUGUGUCCACAGCCCUGCGGUGGCAGAGCUGAUGAGAGGCAUCAGGACACAGAUGGAGGCCCUGAUCACUGGGCUGCCCCCCCGGGAGAUCAGCGCCAUGUCUCUGGGACUGGCUCACAGUUUGUCCCGUUACAAGCUGAAGUUCAGCCCUGACAAAGUGGAUACCAUGAUAGUUCAAGCUAUCUAUCUCCAGGAUGCUGGCAGCCAAAGCAUCUCUGGCGAUCCGCUACGAUGCCCUGGGAGAGGACACAAACGCUGAGAUGGGAGUGGAGAACCGCGCCAAGCUGGAGGCCAGACUACGCCACCUAGAGGAGAAGGGAAUCAGAAGAAUCAGUGGAACAGGUAAAGCCAUGGCGAAGUCUGACAAAUACCAACACAAGAGUGACGUGAAGGUGUACGACCCCUCCGGAGACUCCACCCUCCCCUCUGUUUCCAAGAAGAGGAAGUUUGAGGAAGUGGAGGAGGAAGAGGUGGCCACACCGGUGACAGUCAAAACCAAGAAACCCAAGAAAGAACCUGUGGAAGAACCAGAGGCGUCAACGGCAGCAGAAGAAACUCCCAAGAAGAAGAAAAAGAAGUCCAAGAAAGCCGAGGCGAUGGACGUAAAGGAAGAGGAAGAGGAGACCGUCUCUCCCACAGAGGAAUCGUCAAAGAAGAAGAAAAAGAAGAAAAAGGUCAAGGAGGAAGAGGGAGAAUGAUCUGGUCGGGGAGAAACUGUAUUAUAUUAGGACUUUUAGUUGUCGUUGUAUCUACCAGGGCCGGACUGACUCAUGUAUCAGCCGUUUUAAAGACCAGAGAACUCGAGACGGAGGUUAUUUCAGCAGCUGAUCCGUUAGGAUGAGGAAUGACACUUGACGAUGGCGUAUAAAUCCUCCUGUUUGAUUGGAGUUGAAGAUGAACCUGUUAGUUUACUGGAACCUUCUAUUAAUAACCAGUUAAAAACCAAUAGACUGUAUAUAAUAUCAGGUAUCAAUGUUCCUGUUGAAACACUUUCUCCACUGGUUUAACAUCGUGCCUUUUUUAAAGCUGUCUGUUUCCCACAAGUCUUUGUCCAGAAGUGAUUAAAUCCAUUUUCUCAGUCA